AUGAAGCCUCUGCGCGGCAGCGCCACCAAGGGAGGGGGUGCUGUCUUGCUGGACUCACUGAAAAUUCUGCGGCUGGCCCGAAUGUUGAAGCUUUUCAAUGUUUUCAUGCGGGCCGACCUGGCGUGGACAGAAAGUGACACCUUCCAGGCCUUCAUAAUGGGCGUGAUCGCGGUCAGUAGCUUGAUGAUGGGCUUCCAGACAGACUACCCAGACUUGAGUAUUUGGUAUUUUUGGGAGCAGACAGUUCUCUUCAUUUUCGCGUUCGAGCUCGCAGCCCGUGCGAAGCAAGCAGGAAUUCUGGCUUUCUUGUGCAGCCCCACGGACCGGGUCUGGAACUAUUUCGAUUCAUUCAUCGUCGGCUCUGGUGUCACCGACUUGUGGCUACUGCCCACGAUCAAGAUGGUGAAGUCAAUGCUGGGCAUGACUGUCAAGGGCCAUGGGUCAUCCAUCACGCAGUUCCUAGGCGUCCUGCGAAUCCUCCGGCUCUUUCGCAUCCUGCGCCUGCUGCGGCUCAUCAAGAGCAUCCCGCCCUUGUUCAACCUCCUCCAGGGAAUCACCCACGCGAUGGCGGGCAUGAUGUGGGUCGGCGUGCUGGCCAUCGUCGUGCUGUAUGCCUUCGGGCUCCUCACCGUGGCGCUGCUCCGCGACGGCCUGGUCGAGAACGCGUAA